AUGUAUCCACUUCUACGUAUUUCUUGGGUUACUCAAAGUAUUUUACAUUUAUUUACUUCAUCUAAAAGUAAAUAUAAAAAACAUAGAAAUUUUGCUUUAUUUGGACAUUGGUUUUGGGUAUUUUUACAACUUUGGUUAUUACCUUCUUUUUAUAUUAGAAUUGUUUAUUUUGCUAUAUCUCAGUUUGUUGCCGGAACAUUAAUUGCUUUGGUAGUCUCUUACAACCACAACUCUGUACCUAAAUUUCCGGAAAAUUCUGGGUUAUUAAACAAUUUUGCAGCUUUACAUAUUUUAACUACGAGAAAUAUGAAAAGCUCUCCUUUCGUUGAUUGGUUUUGGGGUGGACUUAAUUUUCAGGUAAAAAUGAACUCUUUAAAAUAA